UUGGGUCUCGUUACGAAGUCAGAAAAUCGAAAUAAUCGAGUUGAGUCCUUUUUCAUCAUUCAAUUUCCGGGCCUCUCUACAAAUUUCCCAAGACGAUCGAUCGACGUGAAUGGCUUACCAAUUCGUGAUUUGGGGUCUGAUCACAGCUCUCUCAGCCUUGAUCCUCAGAUUCUCUCUCCAAAUAUUCACCGCCAGAAACAACAGAAAACGAGCGGUGGCCUUCUUCCACCCCUACACCAACGACGGCGGCGGCGGCGAGAGGGUCCUCUGGUGCGCCGUCAAAGCCAUCCAGGAUGAAAACUCCUCCCUCCACUGCCUCGUCUACACCGGCGACCAUGACGCCUCCCCUCUCUCCUUGACCGCGCGCGCCCUCGACCGCUUUGGGGUCAAACUCCUUCACCCACCUAAGGUGGUGCAUUUGAACAAGAGGAAGUGGAUCGAGGAAGCCACGUACCCACGCUUGACCAUGAUUGGGCAGAGCCUUGGCUCUGUCUACCUCGCAUGGGAGGCCUUGACCAAGUUCACUCCUACUUACUAUCUCGACACCAGUGGCUACGCCUUUACGUAUCCCCUUGCCAGGCUGUUUGGAUGCAGAGUUAUCUGCUACACCCAUUACCCUACAAUCAGCUGCGACAUGCUCUCUCGUGUUCGUCAGCGGAGCUCCAUGUACAACAAUGACGACUUCAUUGCUCAGAGCAAUUGGUUAUCCAGCUGCAAAGUCAUCUACUACAAUAUAUUUAGCCGGAUGUAUGGGACUGUAGGCUCUUGUGCCCAUCUUGCUAUGGUUAAUUCUUCUUGGACUCAGUCCCAUAUCGAAAAGCUCUGGAAAAUCCCGGAACGGACUAAGCGUGUCUACCCUCCUUGUGAUACUUCUGGACUUCAGGUGCUUUCUUUGGAGAGGCCAGCGGAACCGGCGAAAAUUAUAUCUGUUGCACAGUUUCGGCCAGAGAAGGCACAUGGCCUCCAACUUGAGGCCUUUGCAGCUGCCAUAGGGAAAUUAGAUGCACACUUGCCCAGACCUAAGCUUCAGUUUGUGGGUAGCUGUCGGAAUAAGUCGGAUGAGGAAAGAUUACAAAGUUUGAAAGAUAAAGCAAUUGAAUUGAAAGUGGACGGGGAUGUGGAAUUUCAUAAAAAUGUCAUGUACAGGGACUUGGUGCAACUUUUGGCAGGAGCCAUUGCAGGAAUCCAUUCAAUGACUGAUGAGCACUUUGGAAUAAGUGUUGUGGAGUAUAUGGCUGCAGGAGCCAUCCCAAUUGCACAUAAUUCUGCUGGCCCAAAAAUGGACAUUGUCUUACCUGAAGAUGGACAGCAAACAGGAUUUCUUGCCCGCACCGUGGAGGAAUAUGCAGAUGCCAUCCUCAGUAUCAUAAAAAUGCCAGAAACAGAGAGGCUCAAGAUGGCUGCAGCUGCAAGGAAACGGGCUGACACAUAUUCUGAGCAAAGAUUCUAUGAAGGUUUCAAAGCUGCCGUCUCUGCAAUACUUACCCAGGCUUAGAAAUAGUGGACUUGAUAUCAAUCACAAUAUACUUGUAACUUAAUAGAGAAGAGCCCUUUCAUCAGCCCUUAGUUUUAUAACCUUUUUUUUUUUUUUCACUCCAAGUAUUUCCAGUAACUCAAAAAGUUAGAUUAUGCUGCCGUCUCUAAUCAGAUUGUUAUAAUUUUGAUGUCUAUGAUUUCAUGUAGUUGAGAAAUCCAAGUUUUCUGAGCGACUUUGUAUUACCUUUCGCA